AAAAUCCGAGCAAUUCCAAAAUCGUCAUCCUGCUGAUUUGCUAUCUUGAAGUUGAAGAAAUCUUGUGUCAUUCGACAUUGAUCAUGGAUGCCGGUGAUCAUGAUACAUCCAUAGAUCAUGAUUUUUUUCUCCAAGGACUCACAGGGGACUACGGCCCCUUUGAUACUAGUGCUGCAGGUGAUGAUGGACCCGACGGUGAACCUCCGGUUGGUUCACAUCCAAAUCCAGGUGAUGCAGCAGGAGUGCCAUCGUCAGGCUCUACAACUGCGCACACAUUAGCAAGCAGCGGGUCUAAAAGAUCAAGAGCCGGUACUUCCGAAGUUUGGCAAGACUUUGAAAGGAUCUACAAAGAGGAAGAUGGGGUAAGUGUCAGGUAUGCUAAGUGUUAUAUUUGUAAAAAUGAAUUAUCUGCAAAGCCCUCGGGUGGAACGGGGCACUUGAAGAGGCACGCCAUAAGUUGCAAGCGAAAGAGUGGAGCAGCUAUGAAGCAGACGGUGUUGCAGUACAACCCCGACGGCUCUGUUUAUCAUUGGGAGUACGACUCUGCUAAUGCUCGAAAAGAGCUAUGUCGCUUCAUUGCAAGAGCGGAUCUACCACUCAAUAUCGGUUCUUCAUCAAGAAGUUCAGACUCUUCGUCACGAUCGUCUACGGGCACCGGAAUUCCAACAUCCGGAGGGGAGCUAACUACCUUCAUCGACAGUGACGUUAUCAGCCACGAACAAGAAAACUUCAACAUACUGCAAUGGUGGCAUGAGCACAAGACAAAUUAUCCAGUCCUUUCACUGUUAGCGCGAGAUUUGUUAACGGUUCCUGUAUCUACAGUUUCUUCUGAGGCUGCCUUCAGUCUUACAGGAAGGAUAAUCGAAGAGAGAAGAACAAAUCUGUCAAGUGAGAUGGUUGAAAUACUCACCAUAGUAAAGGAUUGGGAACAAGCUGAAGCACGAAUGCAACACACUGCAGAAAAUACUGAGCUUGAAGAAUCAUUCCAAAAUUUGUAUCUAGAUGCUGAUGAGAACGUGUAAUUUUAAAUUUUCUGAGCUAUGUUGUACUCUUUUUUCCUUUGCUAGAAAGGUUUUUAACGAGGCAACCUAUCAAUAAAGCUCAUUUUUAGAAUUAAUCAUGUGCCCCUAUUAUUUCUAAGUUUUUUUAUUCAUGUUUUUUGUUUAUUUUUUUAAAAUACCCCCCGCGGCCCCACCCCCACCUACCUCUCAUCUCAUCCCUAUAAAUACCAUCUACUCCAUCUCAAACUCCACCCUGCCCACCCAUCUCUCUUUUCCUAUUUGCUAGCCAAGUAUCCAGUAUUCACUUCACAUCAAGAAACUAAUUCCAU